CCAUCCCAAAUCAUUCACGUGGACUCAGCGUUGAUCGACGAGUUCGAUUGAUAACCAUGGCAGCCUCGAGAGUCCCUUUGCCUCUUUACACAUUUUGCUUGCUUGGCCUCCUGAGCCCCUCAACAACCGUAGCAGCUGAGCCCCAAUUUGUCGAUAAACUUUGCCCAGUCGAUCCACCAAGCACAAACGAUCACUCCGCUGAUCACCACCUGACCACCACCUUACACUCCGAUCUCUCCUCCGCUCUCUUCUCCAGUCUCUCGACAAACCCCACCGCGCUCACCAACGGCUUUUACAGCUUCACCGCCCGCAGGCCUACCAGCGAUGCCUCUUACGGACUCUUCCUAUGCCGCGGCGACCUCUCCCCCGCCGACUGUUUCGACUGCAUCGUCUUCGCGACUAAAGAUGUAACCACACGGUGCCCCGGAUCGAAGCAGGUCAUAAUCUGGUACGACGAGUGCAUGCUACGCUACUCCAACGUCUCCAUCUUCGGCACUCUGGACGUAUCGUACCAUAGUGGUUCCACUAAUGAUGCUAUACUCAUAGAGGACCUCGAUUUUCCUAGCGUGUUGAGAGGGGUCUUGGACAAUAUAGUUGCUCAGGCUUCGAGGGGAGACUCGAGUAAAAAAUUUGCUACAGAAGAAAAUCUCUCUAUGAUUAAUCGAAAGCUGUACUCACUAGCACAAUGCACGCCAGAUUUAUCUACUUCGAAUUGCAGUGACUGCCUUAGUCAGUGCACCGAUAAUCUAUUCAGCAAAUACAGCGGAUAUUCGUAUGCCAUGUAUCGCUUUCCAAGCUGUAAUGCCGGGUUUGCCACUUUCCCAUUUUAUAGCACGUCCACCGCAACUCCGCAUUCGCCUCCGCCAGUCCUUCCUCCACGUCCGCAUCCGGGUUUGCCUCCACCAGUCCUUCCUCCGCGUUCGCCUGCUCCAGUCCUCCCUCUGCCGCAUCCUCCUACAAGCAAUCCUGGAAAGAAGGGAAUUUCUUUCAAAGUGCACAACCUCAUUGCCAUCGUAGUAGUUCCGAUCGGGGUCUCUAUUAUAGUGCUUUCCGUCGCAUGUUUCUGUUUCAUAAGUAGGAGGAGGGAAAAGAAGAAACUUAAAAACAAUAUUAGAGAAGAUUCUGUUUGGACUGAAAUCACAUCAGUAAAGCCCUUGCGAUAUGAUUUGGGUGCGAUUCAAGCUGCCACAAACAACCUCUCGGAUGAAAAUAAAAUUGGCGGAGAUGGAUUUGGACCGCUCUACAAGGGAUUACUUGGAGAUGGACAAACAAUAGCUGUGAAGAAGCUAUCUCGAACCUCAGGGCAAGAUAUAGAAGAAUUCAAGAAUGAGGUGGUAUCGGUAGCCACGCUUCAGCAUAGGAAUCUGCUCAAGUUACUGGGAUUUUGCUUGGAAGGAGAAGAAAAGAUGCUCAUCUAUGAACUUCCGCCCAACAAAAGCCUCGAUUGCGUUCUGUUCGAUCCGCAACAACAACAACAACCGUUGGAUUGGUCAAGACGUUACAAGAUUAUAAGAGAGAUAGCUGGAGGGAUGUUGUACCUUCAUGAAGAUUCUCAGCUUAGAAUCAUCCACGGUGACCUUAAAGCUAGCAAUAUUCUAUUAGAUGGUGAUAUGAACGUAUAUAUUUCAGAUUUUGGCAUUGCCAGGAUCUUAGGAGUGGAUAAAAAUCAAGGAAAUGCAAGUGAAAUCGAUGGAACAUUGGAUCAUAUGUCUUCAGAAUAUGCGAUGCAUGGACAAUGGUCUGUCAAGUCUGAUGUGUUUAGCUUCGGGAUCUUAGUUCUGGAGAUUAUUACUGGAAAAAAGAAUAAUGUCUUGUAUCAAUCAGACACUCCCAUGGACCUUCUGAGCUAUGCUCGGAAGCUUUGGAGUGAUGAAGCACCAUUGGAUUUGACGGAUGCAACUGAGAUAGGGCCUUAUUCGAAAAAUGAAGUCACAAGAUGCAUCCAUGUCGCCUUAUUAUGUGUUCAAGAUGAUCCGGAUGCCAGGCCCUCCAUGGCAAUCGCAGUUCCAAUGCUCGAUGGCUAUUCUACUACGUUGUCGAUUCCCCAACCACCUGCAUUCCUCACUCAGAGUAGAACUGACAUUGCGUUGAAUCGGUCUAGGAGCAAAUCAAUAGUGUGGUCUGUGAAUGAAGCAUCAAUCAGUGAGCUAGAGCCAAGGUAAUAUGAGUAGCAUAGACCGAUAUCAAGCAUUAAGUCUAGAAUGGACACUAUGUGGCAUGAGAUAAAUAAGCAACAAUGUCUCACAAUGUUUUAAGUGGGAAAGCCAAUAUGGGCAUGAAUUUAGAGCCUCAUAUGGCUCGUUCUAAUUUGGCCUUCUUUCUUUCUUUGUCUUUAUUUUUUCUCCUUCAAAAGCAGAAAGAAAAUGUACUUGUUAAUUUGUUUUGUAUUAUGCAAAAAAAUCCAAGAUGAGCAAGAAUUCAGGGCCUCAUUUGGCUCGUUUUAAUUUGGCUCUUCUUUGUAUGUUUUCUUUUUAAGUCAU